UUACGACGGGAGUCGAGCGUCGUAUGGUCGUACCGUACGCGCCGUCCAUGAUAAAACAGAUUUGUUUUAUCAUUUAUCAUGCGGUCGUCGUCGCGACGGUCAUAAACUCGAAACCAAAAACAAUUUUCGACAACAACGGUGAACGACGAUACGACGGAAUUUCUGCGUAGCUCAAAUGAAAUAACAGCGCGCAAUACACGUCUUUUAUUUCUUUCACACCGACGCCCCGACGCCCGCUCAUACUAUCUAUUCUCAAUCGGUAAUCUGUAUUAUCACGGUUCGUAGUGCUUAAAUUUCGGCCUUAGCGAACAGAAAUUUUUUGUUAUUGAUAACGGAUCGUUGGUCGUUACCCGAGCAAGUUGUCGAGUCUGUCGUGUCCGUAUCUGACGUCUCUGAAAAUGCGUUGAACGGAGAACGCUGUUGUUGGCAUUUUGAGCAGAAGCAGCUGGAACCGGAAUAGCUAAGAGCUCUUACUUAGUUCUGCGAUCGCGAUGGCGGAAAGUGAUACCGAUGACAUCCUGUCGGACGGUUUCCUGGAACCCGGAGAAUUAUUGGACAGCGAUGAUGAACAGCCGGUCGACAACAGCACGUCGGCGCGGACCAGUCAGCCGAUGGUACAACUAAACAGACCCAAAUUGAACAGAAACACUUUCCAAGCAGCCACUGCGUCUAAUUCAGAUCAACAGCCCACACAUUAUUCAUCAGGCAUCACGGACAAACAAGUCCAGUAUAUUCUAAACAGUCUUGGCAUGAACAAAAACAACAAAGACAUUCAGCUGAACGCUUUACAUUUGCACGGAGUCAUGGGAAUGACCACUAAAGAUAUUAUUGAAUAUUUCGAUCAAUACGAUCCUAAAUUUUUGGAAUGGGUAUCAAAUUCUGAAUGUAAUGUUGUUUGGCUGGACGAUCGAAUGCCUACUAAGGCAUUAUUGGACUUGACUCGUCCGAUACGCGAAUUAAAGCAUAUUACGUCUGCAGUUAAUGACGAAUUAAACAAUGAACAUGAUGGAGCUUUAAAUGAAAAUCAAAAUGAUGACCACAUGGAUCAAGAUGAUGUAUUAGUAUCAGAAGAUUAUGUUAGCUGUGUGGGUUACGAGUUGCCUCCGGGUAUGUGGAGAAAAGCAAUUAAACCACAUGAAAAAUCCAAGUGUAUAUUGAUGAGAUACAGUACUGUGUAUGACAAGCAAGACGUAAAGAACAAAAGUACCGAUAUAGAAGAUGGAGAUUAUGAAUUAUUUUCUCCAGAAAGUCGUAAACGUAAGUAUAUACCAGUUAUCAAUCAUCCCGAUAUCGGUGACGAAAUGUUGAAAGAUGAUGUUCGGUGGAAAUUGGCCAAAAAUCCAGGAAUCAACACUUGGACUGCCAUAGCCAAAACUUGGAGCCAAUAUGACAAUGCUAUGGAUGCUAAAUACAAAUCCAAAGUACGCACUCCAUCACCACCACCACCCACAUCAUCAUCAGGUGCAGCUAGUGAAGAUGACGAUGACGAUUAUAAUGAUGCAAGGUAUAGAGAGAGCAAAAUACCAAGAAUGCGUAUGUAUGCAGACGAUGAGACGCAAGCUAUUACAAGGAAGCGUCUGAAUUCAGCUUCAAAUUCAAGACAUCAAGUUAAUAUAGCCAACGACUUGCGGGAACGCCUUAAUGGACGUUUGGUGUCUGCUAAAGUAGCCAAAGCAAUUCGCGCUGCUAAAGCACAUCAGUAUGUUGAUGAUGAGUCGCUUGAAGUAGAUAUUGAAGAUGUUAAUGACGAGGAAUAUUCUGAUAUUCCAUUUAGCCGUGCAACUCGUCGUGAUAUUCCGCGCCGCCAGUAUUUACAUGAAGAUGAUGGUGAUUACACCAGUGAUGAAGAUGUGUACGAAAAGAGACACAUUAAGAGUAGACUAGGGCCUCAUAGAAAACAUGGUCACCGCUAUAACGCUCGUUCUGUGUCUCCACUUCAGAUACAAAUUAAUAAUGAUAAAUAUUAUAAGCGUACAAGUCGACGUUAACAAAUAUUGAACAUAAAUAAUCAUUUUGGUUUUCAUAAACUUUUUAAUGAUGCAUUUUACAAAUGUUUUAUUAUAAACCUUUACUUACUUAUACAACAAUUUAUUUUUCUAUUUUAUUGUUGUGAGAAAAUAAAACACAAUCAAUUAUUGUGUAAUUAUGUGUA